AUGUCUCUGAGAGAGUUCGGCUUCGGCAAGAGAAGUUUGGAGGGGAAGAUCCUUGAGGAGUCAGUCGCCCUCCAGUCAGAUAUAAUGAACAUGGGCAAGAGACCGUUCGACAUUAGACGCAUGGUCCAAAAUGCCGUCACAAACGUGAUUUGUUCUAUUGUGUUCGGAUCAAGGUUCGAAUACAACGAUGACAAGUUAACACGCUUGAUGGACGCCCUUGACGAAGCAUUUUCAACCAGCAUUUUUAACCAACUGGCAAUCAUUUUCCCCAUUUUGCGACGUAUCCCGGGAUUGGAACGAGGAGCACAAGUUAAAUUAGAUGCAUUGUGUACCAUUAAAACCUACAUAAGAGAGGAAAUGAACUCCCACAAGGAGACAUUCGAUCCUAAUGACAUCCGGGACCUUAUCGACUCGUACGUGAGGGAAACCAAAUCUCGCGAGAACGACGACGAGACCACGUUCACUGACGAGUACACAGAAAGGGUGUUGUUUGAUUUAUUCAUCGCCGGGGUGGAAACCACCUCCACUACUCUGUACUGGGCGUUUCUGUACAUGAUUCUCAACCCGGACAUCCAAACAAAGGUUCAAGAUGAGAUCCACUCCGUGCUCGGACACGACAAGCCGCCGUCCACCGCCCACCGUGCCCAGAUGCCGUACACUGAGGCCGUCCUGACCGAGGUGGCUCGCAUCAGCACUAUGUCGCCAACAGGCAUCUUUCACGCCACGUCACGUGACACCAGUCUCCAUGGAUACCACAUUCCAGAAGCAACGACGGUGCUGCCCAACCUGUGGUCCGUUCACCAUGACCCGGAACAUUUCCCGAACCCCGGAAAGUUCGACCCCGGCCGCUUCUUGGACGUUCAGGGACAGUACCGGAGGGACGACCACAUCAUGCCGUUUGGUAUCGGUCCGCGCAUGUGCCUGGGGAAGCAGUUGGCAGAGAUGGAGCUCUUCUUGUUCUUCACUUCCCUGCUGCAGCACUUCACAUUCAAUCUGCCAGAGGGCGCUGCCAAGCCUACCACCACGGGGCUGAACGGUCUCACCCAUUCGCCUAAGAAUUUCAAACUCGUAGCUGAGACACUGGUUUAG